AUGCCCUCGGUUUUAGUGUAUUCUACAGCACCAAUAACGACCAUUUCGGAGGUCAAGGAUAAACUAGACAAUGCAUUGGCCGACAAAAGAGACAAAUGGCAGAUUGAACUGAAGCUGUACCGGGCAAACAGCGCUUCCUUCCAGGACACCGAGCGGGCAGGCACCACGCUCAUUACGGUGACUACAAGUCUAGAGAAGGGCAAAGUGUUUGUAUAUAGCCGCUCUUCAGCAAUUGUUGCCGGCGAGGAAAUGGCGCCAGACAUGCUGUCGAAGAUGCAGAGUCUUUGGGUGCUUCGGCAGACCUUCAAGUGUGAGGGCCAAGUGUAUAAUUUAGACGGCGUGCUGGUUCGCGUUGCAAACACGUUUGUCCAAGGUAAUUACAAGGGUUUGUUAGUGGAGAUCGAAUCUGACUCGGAGGAUCUGCUGGACAAGGCCAAGGCGAUUGUCAGUCAGUGCGAGAUUCCAGGACAAGUUCCCGACGAAAUGGCUAAUUCGCUCAUUGAAAAAAUUCAAAAAUACCAGGUCUUAAUUAGAUAG